CUACCCUCCCCGGUCACUUCCGCUUCCGGCGACCCCACGUGACCUCUCCUCCUCCCCAGGCAAGAUGGCGGCGCUCAUGGCCUCGCGUGGUCUUCUCGGAUGUGAUGUGCAUCACUGCGUUAGGAGGCUUCUCAUAAAGUCCACCUCUACGACGCCCCCGCGUGCCCUGCUCGGCGUGGCCGUUGGCUGCCAGGUGCCGUUGAGGGGCUACGCGGCGGAGGCCAAGCGGACGUUCGUGCGUGACCGCCCGCACGUCAACAUCGGCACCAUCGGCCACGUGGACCACGGCAAGACCACGCUCACCGCGGCCAUUACCAAGGUGCUGGCGGAGGCGGGAGCGGCGCGCUUCAAGAAGUAUGAGGAGAUUGACAACGCGCCGGAGGAGAAGGCCCGGGGCAUCACCAUCAACGCGUCGCACGUGGAGUACUCCACGGCGGCACGCCACUACGCGCACACGGACUGCCCAGGACACGCCGACUACGUCAAGAACAUGAUCACGGGCACGGCACAGAUGGACGGCUGCAUCCUCGUCGUCGCCGCCACCGACGGGCAGAUGCCCCAGACGCGGGAGCACCUGCUGCUCGCCAAGCAGAUCGGCAUCGAGCACGUGGUCGUGUUUGUGAACAAGGCCGAUCAGGUUGACCAGGAGAUGCUGGAGCUCGUGGAACUGGAGAUCAGGGAGCUGCUGUCGGAGUUUGGCUAUGACAGCGACAGCACGCCGGUGAUCGCCGGAUCGGCGCUCUGCGCGAUGGAGGACCGGAGUGCGGAGAUUGGUCGCGACGCUGUGCUGAGGCUCCUCGACGCCGUUGAUUCGUUCAUCCCCCUGCCCACACGCAGCCUGGACCUCCCCUUCCUGUUGCCCGUGGAGACCAUCCACUCCAUCCCCGGACGUGGCACGGUGGUGACGGGGACUCUGGAGCGUGGCGUCAUCAAGAAGGGCGAGGAGUGUGAGUUUGUGGGCUUCAGUCGGUCGGUGCGCUCCGUCGUCACGGGCAUCGAGAUGUUCCACCAGUCUCUGGACCGCUCCGAGGCCGGGGACAACGUGGGAAUUCUCGUGCGAGGGCUCAAGCGUGACGACAUCAGGCGGGGCAUGGUGAUGUGUGAGCCUGGGUCCGUGAAGCCUCACCAGAAGGUGGAGGCACAGGUGUACAUUCUGAGCAAGAAGGAGGGUGGUCGCCACACCCCGUUCAUGACCAACUUCAAGCCCGUCAUGUUCUCACUGACAUGGGACAUGACGUGCCGCGUCGCUCUCAAGGAGGGCAAAGAGAUGGUGAUGCCGGGCGAGGACACGAGCCUGCUGCUGACGCUCCGCCGCCCGGUGGUGCUGGAGAAGGGCCAGCGGUUCACGCUGAGGGAUGGCAACAAGACCAUUGGCACGGGCAUUGUCACGGGCCUGCUGCAGGCUUCGCCUGAGGACAUCGCUGCCGUAGACUGAGAGGCCCCCAAGGCGGCGGCAGGACGGUCUGGGGCCUGGUCCAGGCUUUGCACUGAUGACGUGGGCGCCGUGGUGUGGAGGCUCGAAGCAUCGUCAGCGUCGUCAGCGUCGUCAGCGUCGUCAUCAUCAUCGUCGUCAUCAUCGUCGUCAUCGUCGUCAUCGUCGUCAUCAUCGUCAUCAUCAUCGUCAUCAUCGUCGUCAUCAUUGUCAUCAUCGUCGU